AUGAUUCGAGUCCAUUAUUCGAAUAUACAUCCUACACUACAUUUAUUAAUAUUGAGACAAUGUUUAACAAUUUAUGAUGUACAAGUAAAUUUAACAAAUAUUCUCAAUAAAUGUUCAACUCUGACUUCCUUAAAAUUAUUUAAUAAAUCUAACUCUGAGGAAUUAAAAGCAUUAGUAACAACUCUUAAUAAGGAUAUUAUGUUAGCUGAUUUAGAUCUUUCAGGUAAUUUAUUAGACUCUAAAGGAGGAAAAGAAAUUGCUAAGGCACUUUAUAAGAACAUUACUCUAAAACUUUUAGACAUUUCAGAUAAUCAAAUUGGUUCUAUAGCUGGGAUGGCAUUUGCAAAAAAUCUUCAUCAAAACA